AUGGUGGUCUGCAGCUUGAAGUCCACUUUAUCACCAUCUAACUGUGCUCUAAUGUCACGACCUUCUUCAGAAUUGAAUAUUCCAAAAUUCAGCUCAAAUCUUGGGAAAAACGCUCUGUUUUCACUCAAAUGCUCAUUUCCUUUCGAGAAGAAGGUUGUGGAUGUAUCUCCAUGCGCCGUUGCAAGAUACAUACUGGAAACGAGGACAUUUCCAGAUUUGGUCGAGCAAAGAAUCUCAGCGUUUUCAUAUCCAACAAUAAAUCCUGGGAUAUUUGAGGAAAAGUCUGACAAUUCUCUGUUUGAUUUUGGAAGCAACCAGCCAAUACACAAGUGUUUGGAAACGACUCUGAUCGAAUAG